AUGGCAGGAUUAGCAUAGCAUAUUUAGCUUAAGUAUAUAUUUGGUAUGAACAAUGAAAUCAGGAAUAGUCUUUAAUUCCAUGAUGAAGAUAGAAUUAUUUACCCUGCAGGAUAUAAUGUAGUUUUGCAUGAUUUAAAUGACAAAUCUUAGCAUUAUUAUUAGGGAACAAAUGAAUAUAGAGGAAUUAGCUGUCUUGCGUUAAGUCCUCUCAAGCGUUAUUUGGCCUUGGGAGUUAAGGGCUAGCGUGACCCAGCUAUAAUUAUAUUUGAUACUUUUACUUAAAAGAGACGUAAGAAUCUAGGAUUAAAUUUAGGAAAUUUAGAUAGAUACAACAUAAAGCAGUGGGUUAGUAUUGCGUUUCCUUCUUAAAAUUAAGAAACGAAAUACAUAUUUUCUUUGAGUGGAGCAGGAGGAGAUGUAGUCCUUUGUUGGUGGUGGCACGAAAAGGGUAAAUGUUUAGGAUCAAUAGAUUUAGGAGCCUAAAAUGACAUUUAUGAAAUUUCGUUUAACCAUUCAGAUGCAAAUUCUAUUUGCGUAACUGGAAAUAAUUUCUUCGGAAUCUAUGCAAAGAUUGAAGGAACUUAUGUAAGGGAAGAUAAUCAAUAAAAACAGAAGCCAUCUGUAUAAAAUGGAGAAAAUAGCUCUGCUGCUUAAUUACCUUAACCAACUUUAAAUAUCCAGGUUUCAGCUGGUAACAACAAUUAAAAUCCUCAACCAGAAAUAAAAUUAGAAAAUGGUAAUCUGAUUUCUAAUCUACCUGCAGAUAUAGUAGAAAAAAAUUUUGUAGCACACUUGUGGAUGCAAUGUGAGAGUUACUUAGUUGUCUUUGUAGAAUCAGGAGAAAUCAUUUUAUGCGAUAGUCGUGGAAAUUUUCUUUAAAUAAUGGAACAGUCCCCAAGGUACUUUAUAGUCAGUAGAUCUGGUAUGAUAAAAAUUGUUGCUGCAGUUGCAUAUUCAAAAGGUUUUUAUGUUGCUUGUUCUGAAUCAAUAGUUCUGCAAUAUCAUUACACCUAAGAUAAUGACAAAAAUCCCUUUACUUGUGUCAACUAGUUUAAACUAAAGUAAUUUGUUGAGCUAAAAGAAAUCGAAAUUAAAAGCAUUUGCAUGAAUAAAGCUGAAGAUAAAUUGCUUAUAGGACUAGACAAUAAUCAAAUUUAUGAGAUUAAAAUAAAGCCAUAUCAUCCUGAAACUGUCAAUAAUGAUAGUAGUGAAGACAGAGAAGUCACACUUAUCAACCAUUUAAAUCAUACAGGACCUAUAAACUCAAUGGAUAUAUGUAAGAGGAAGCCCAUAAUUGCAACAUGCAGCACAGAUAAAACAAUAAAAAUAUGGGACUAUGAAAAGAAAUAAAUUAAAAUAUCUUGGGCAUUUAAUGAAGAAGCCUUUUGCUUAUCUCUUCAUCCCUAAGGAUUUUGUGUUGCUGUAGGAUUUCUAGACAAAUUAAGACUUAUGAAUUUGUGUAUCCACAAUUCUUAAAAUACAACUAAAAACAAGGCUUAUAAGGAAAUUUCACCAUUUAAGGGAUGCAAAGAAAUAAAAUUCUCAAACGGAGGUUAGUACUUUGCUGCUGUGAAUAGUACUUCGUCUAAUCAUGUUAUCCAAGUCUUUAAAUUUUUCACAGGAGAAAAUCCAAGUUAACUUGUUUUUAAAGGACACACAGGCAGAGUAAAAUGCAUAGCAUGGUCUAGUGAUGAUUCAUUUUUGCUUUCUUGUGGUCUUGAUGGUAUGAUCCUUGCUUGGAAACUCGACCAAGAUUUUCAACACUAGCAAACUAUUGUCCCAAGAAUAGUUGAUAUUCAUAAUAAGGGAGUCAAUUUCUCAGGAUUAACUUUGACAGUUGAUAAUAAGACUAUCGUAGCCGUUGGAAAUGAUAGGCAUAUUCAUCAAGCAGUUAUUAAUGAGUAAUAGCCUGUAGACAAGACAGAUAAAAAAUUGCUUGAUAUUAAUCUGAGUUGUCUCGCCUUCCCAAGCUCAAAUAAACUUCUUUUUGCAGGUAUUUAGGAUGAUGCAAGAUCUUCAGGAGCUAUUCGUUGUUUUAUUUAUCCUCUAACUCAUGGUAAAUUUACAGAUUAUUAAGCACAUGAUGAAAGAGGUGUUGAAAAAAUGAAAAUCACGAAUGAUGACAGAUAUAUUAUCACAGCUGGUAAAGAUGGAUGCAUUAUGGUUUUUGAAAUUAAAGAUAAAGAUGCAAGAGGUAUGAAGCUAAAAGAUGGCUAUGCUAAAUAUUCUGAAGAAGAGUUAAUCACUAGAUCUGACUUAGAUGACUUGAAAAGCACAAGAGAUGGGCUAAUUGUUCAAAUAAAUGAAUUUUCUAACUAAAAUGCGAUGAUUGGACUCAACUCUAGAGAUGAUCGUAUCCGAUAGUUAGAGACUUAAAUUGAAAAUAAUUCUCAAAAGAGAAAGCAAAUGUUUGAAUAAUUGCUCAAAUCAAAAACAAUGGAAGAACAAAAACUAAUUUAGGAAAUAAAUGAAAUAAAAGAGUAGUUUGAGCAAGAGAUUUAAGUGAUGGAUACCAAAUAUUAAAAGGAAGUAAUGUCGCUUGUGGAAGAGUAUGAAAACUAAAAGAGAUUACAUGAAAUUGAAAACAAUAAAAAUAACAAGAAGAAAACUAAAUUGCUUUAAGAACAUAGCCAAAAACUUCAAAUCAUAGAUGAUCAAUAUUAAAAAUUACUUGAAGAACAAAUCACUCAAAAAGAAAGAGUUGAAAAGCAAAUAAAUCACUUAUAGAAGGAAUAAUAAGAAGUUUUAAUGCAAAUUUCAGAAGAAAAAGAAACUGAAAUUAAGAAUUUGAAUCAAAAAAAUUCAAAAGAUGAAUAGGCGAUAACUGAUCAAGGACUAAAAGCUAAAAGUGAUAUUUCUAUUACAAAGAAGAAAAUUAUGCAAUAGUAAUAAGAAGCACAAGAUUUAAAAGAAUAAAAGUAAGAAUAUGAAAGACAAAAAGAAAAGCUCAAAAUUUAAAAUCAAGAACUUAGAGAUAAAAUCGAUGGCUAAAAGAAAAUUAUUUUAGAGCGUGACAGGACGAUCGGAGAAAAAGAAAAGAUUAUUUAUAAUUUAAAAAAGAAAGCCCAAGACUUGGAAAAAUUCAAAUUUGUACUUGACCAUAAAAUCAAAGAAUUAAAGAGAGACAUAGUUCCACGAGAAGAUGAAAUUACUAAAAUGAAACAAGAAACAAACAAUAUGGACUAAUACUUAAAAGAAUUGAAUGCAUAUAACAAUUAUUUAGGUACUGUAGUCGAUGAACUUUACACAACUCAGGAAACAAUGAAAGAAGAUAUUAAACAAUAAAGAUAGUAAAUAUCUGUACAGUAAGUUAAAAUAUCAAGAUUCAAAGAUGAUGUAUAUUCUUUAGCCUAGCAUAUAUUGGAUUAUGAUAAACUGGUGGAUGAAACUGAAAGAUUAUUCAUGAAACAUGUUAAUGACAAAGAAGUAAAGAGAUAGAGUGUUGAAGGAGAUAUAAUGAUGGAAUAUAGAAGCUAGAAAAAGAAUCUAGAAAAAUUAGUUAAUAUGUUCAAAAAGAGCUUGUAGAAAGAUAAUUAGAUACACAAAGAUGAUAAGAUCAGAAUUAUGAAGGAUAAUGUUGACUUAAUUAGAGAAAUCAACACUCUAAGAAAAAGUAUAAAAGAUAUAACAAAAGGGCAACAAUCUAACAUUCCAGAUUAAAAGGGAUAAACCUAGCAUAUGCCUCUAUAAACUCCAUAAUUGUCAAGAAAAUCAAUAAGUUAACCUGUUUUGCCACCAAUCAGCAAAUCUGCAAUGUUUGAAGGUGUAACUUAACAAAAUGAAAUUUAAAAAUCUCAUACAUAGAUAAAUCCUGAAUUAGUUGAAGAAAAAUAAAAAGUUCUCAAUAGUUUGCAAACAGACAUUUUAGAGUUAUAAAAAGUAUACGAAGCUUUAAAUUAUGAAAAGCACAAUCUUACUCAAGCAUGA